CUUCGGGAAUGUAAGAGGGGAGAAUUGGCCAUCCCAAAAUUUGCGUAUAUAAGUUAAAUUUGGCGAUGGCUUAAGUCACAGUUCACACACUGACUAAGCAAACACAACAUUCAAAAUGAAACUCCUCGUUGUUUUCGCCGCUUUGGUUGCCGUAGCUUUGGCCAAGCCAUUGGAUUCUGACAAGGAUGCUCAAAUCUUGAGGAGCGACUUCGACAACAUCGGCGUUGAUGGAUUCCAACACGCUUAUGAGACCAGCAACGGAAUCUCUGCUUCUGAACAAGGACAAGUCAUCAACGCUGGAACUGAAAACGAAGCCAUCGCCGUCCGUGGACAAUUCUCUUAUGUUGGCCCAGAUGGUGUCACCUACACCGUCACUUAUGUUGCCGAUGAGAACGGUUUCCAACCACAAGGCGCUCACAUCCCAAAAGCAGAAUAAUAAGUAUCUCAACAAUAACUGAAAAUGUCUAAAUGAAAAAUCGACUCUGUAUACGCAUUUUAAAACCCCAUUGUACAGCAACCAAAAGUAGUGUAUUUAAUUCUUAUUUUGUACAUAUUGAUCUAAAA